AUGGAACUACAAAUUCAACUUUUACUUUACUUGGAUAAAAAUCGUAUUUUAUUCGAUAUGAAAAGUCACUGCGAAAACUUUAUUAGCAAUUCAACUUCGGAAACUUUGUGCAAAUUCCCGCCAUUUCGAUACAACCUCGAGAUUGAUGUUAUGACUUUGCUCGACUUUUUACCUGAACUUGGAAGAUCGUUGUUAACUGAACCAUUAAAGUGGCAACGUACUUGUGAUAAAAUCUUAUAUGCUAUAUUACGAUCCUUCGAAAAUGACUUCCUAGAUACUAUUCAAACGAAUCAAGUUGCUGUAGUAAUAAGGUUGAAGAACAUAUCUCCUCAUAUGACGGAAUCAGGUCCGGGUGUUUAUAAAAGCCUGGAUUGUUUUAAAGGGAAGCUUCUUAAUGUUUCAAAACCUUUUCCAUACGUAUACCAUACAGUAUGGUCAUGCCCAGAAGAAUGCGAUAGCAACGAAGUCAUUAUACGUGGUAUACCUAAAACACCUACAAGAUGCUCGGUCUGCAGAAGUAUUCUCUUUGAAAAUUCUGUACUGAGAAGAUGUGGAGAACAAAUUACUGCCACAUUCAAAAUGAAAAAUGUAGUUAUGCCAAAAAAGCUUGAAAUUGUUGACGAUUUAUUAUUGAAAGCAAAGCUAGGUCUAAACUAUCUUAUAACAAUAGUCGUACAAAAGAAUAUUACAGAAGUUUGGUCAAUAGAAGUCCUCGAGCCUCUCCUUUUACCAAUUACAGCUUUUACUUCGUGCGACAUACAAGAAUUAUUCGAUGUUUGCGAUGGUGUACCGUGGAAGUUCAUUUAUUGUCUAGCAUCCACAAUUGGCGCUACAUUAUGUCCACUCAACUGUUUUAUGCACUUAAAAAUUACUUUACUAUUAAGUUUGACCAGCAUCAAAGCUAAUGUAUUUAAUGUGUCUAACAUUAUUCACGUAUUAGCUACAGGUUUUGAUACAAGAUUUGUAGGAAAACUGAUGUAUGCUGGAGCUGCGCUCGCUAACACUUCCAUGGCACUCGGAACUUCAAACACCUCAAUUACAUCAUCUCUAAUAGCAUGCACUGGUGGUAUAUUAUUCAUGCCAUUACCUUUGCAUACUUAUCAUAAAAAGUUAACAGGCGCUAUUCUAUCGUCUAUCGAAAGUAACGAAAUAAUUCACGAUACAGGUAGAAUAAAACUUGGAUGUGCGGUCUGGGCGCAAGGAAUGGAUUUUAAGAAUGUUAAUGUUAACGACAUCGCUAAGGUUUUCGGUACAGUAUGUCGGGGCGAUUACGGAGAAUAUGAGGAUGAUAUAGCAGAGUAUAUGCUUUUAAAAGCAAUAGAUCCAAACCAUAAUAGGAAUGAUGAGAAACAAGCAAUGACGGACGUUGCACAAUACAUAGAUCUAGUAGCUAGUAUACCUGUGAAAUUAGACUGUGUGUCAGAAAAGAAAUUAACAAACUAUUUCCUGGCAGCACGCAAGGAAAGACCGCGCGGCGUGCCAAUCGGGAGCUUGGAGACAUUGUUAAAUAUUUGCAUGAACUCGGCGCGCCUGUGCCGACGAUUCGUGACAAAUGAACAAGAUGCGAUAUUUGCAAUCUGGUUGCAUGUUAGCGCAUGUUUCGAGCCGAGAUUUGCACCUGAUGAAUAUCUCCAGACACCAGCCGACGUUAAACAAUUGCAUAAAAUUUUUGAUAAUUUUAAAAAUUGGCUCAACGAGUUUACAGGUUCCUAUGAUUAUUAA